AUGACAAUAUACUGUGUCGCACCAUUUCUCGGUCCCAUUCUCGGCCCUAACGUUGGUGGAUUUGCCACCGAGGCACGAAUAGGUCUCAUUGGCGUCAUCUUGGUCCCCGAGGCCUAUGGACCAGUUUUACUAGACAGAAAAGCAAUUGCCCUUUCCAAGGCUGAUGAAAAGGUCUACAUAAGUGUCCUGGAGAAGAAUAUGGGUAAGAAGCAGCCAUCAGAGGUCUUUGGGCAAGCUCUGGUACGACCUUGGAUCCUGCUCUUCCGCGAGCAUAUUGUUCUUAUUGCGUCACUCUACAUGGCUAUUAUCUACGGCACUGUCUACAUGUUUCUAGGAGCCAUUCCCAUUGUUUACAACGAGCUUCGCAAACGGAGCCCAGGCUUUGGUGGACUUGCUUUCCUUGGGAUGGCUGUUGGAAUCAUUACAGGACUUGGGUAUGCCAUCUAUGAUAACAAUGGCCAUUUUAUGAACUUGGAACCAUCCAAGAGAACCCCCGGAUCCUGUCUGCCACCUUCUAUUGUUGGUGCAGUUGCUCUGCCUAUUGGCAUGUUCGCCUUCGCAUGGACCAACUACCCCAGUAUACUGUUCUCUGAAUAG